AUGAUCUUUUGUGAAACAUGCGGCUCUCCUCUAGAGAUUAUCGGGAAUGAUUACGUCUGCUCGGAAGGUCACAUCACAAAGAACACAAUAGAGUUUUCAAACGAAGAGAGGCCAAUCCUUCUAGACAGCUCGACUAACGAUACAAAGCUUAAAAAGCUCCUGUUCAAAAAGUACGGUCCUGAUUACAUGGAAUUGCUAGGCUUCUAUAUAUUGUUCAAUGAUAUUAGGGAGCAUCUGUGUAUCAAAUCCCUGAAGUAUUUCAAUAUCUUUGCCAAUUCCAUCAAAGAAGGCCCCAAGAAAACCCUUCCGAGGUUCCUACUAGUAUCUCCAACUCUUAGAGCACUGACAUAUUACUCGAAAAGGAUAGAAAUGGAGGCAGAAGGCAAGACAUAUCUCUAUAUGGACUAUUACAAAUCCAUGAUGACAUAUCCUUAUGAGGAGAGGAGAAGGAUAAAGCUUACCCAUUUGGGCAUAACAAACCUAAACAUUCCUCCUGUACGUUUUGAAGGUACAGGCUUGAUUCCUGUGUAUAGAAUACUUAGGUUUCUUGGAGAAAGAAACGUAAGGCUCCAAAAAAAUCGCAGUCAUGGGCGUCUUGUGAUAUUCUAUGGCGAGACCGGGGUCCUUGAUGAGAAGGCUGAAAAUAACAAGGCUUGCUUCAGGGAGGAUCUAAGAAGGGACUAUGAGAUGUUCUUCAAAUACCUUCAGAGGAUUUGCGAUAUCUUUGUGCUAGAGAUUACAGAAGACCUUGAGGAAAAGUUCAAGGCUUUCUUUUACAUGCUUGACCUUACCAAAACCAUUCAUAUUCCCGAAGUGGAGAUAUCUGUAUUUCUUUACAUUUAUAUUAUGAAUUACAAAAAAGACUUUGAUGUGCUAAGAGCCAUAAGGAAUCUUAACGAAAUUCUACGCGAACCAUACAGUACUCUCCCAGAAGAAAUCAAAUAUAUAAAGCCGGAAGACCUUUAUGGUAAAGAGGAGAGGCUCCAAUCAUAUCUCAAAACCCUAAUAUCAAAAGCUACAUGGUUUAACAGUACAGAGAUAGAAGAGAAGCUCGGGAACUUUAAGAGGUUAUUUAGCUCCAGCAGGACUCAAAGAUUGUUUAAUGAUUACUGGGGAAGAAUCCACGAUAGACAUAAACCACUCUUUAUCCGUAAUGCUUGGUAUGUAAAGAAAUUGAUUAUUUUAAAAAGAAUGAAAACUAUGAAGGAAUCAGAAGAGGAUCAUAUAUAA